CUUUUUCUCUAUACUUCAUUACUCUUCUUUUUAUUUAUCAUUGUUUUAUUAUACAUUAUCAAUGGAUCCUUCAGACGAUACAUCAUGUCGUGAUAUUAUCAUGGAAUAUCUUAUGCACAGCUGUUAUAAAAAUACCGCUAAAGCCUUUCAAAACGAAUACAAGAAACAAUCUCAAUACAGUCAUCUUUUGUUACCAUUGUCUUCUCACAAACCAGACGAAAUGGAUAUAGAUCAAGUUGACUUCAAUUUGAAUAAUGAUACUAUUUUGAUAAAAGAUGAACAAGCUUGGAAUCUACUCGAUGCAAGAAAAGAUCUUUAUGAUGCCAUUGAAAGGGGGGAUAUUCCAAAAGCGUUUGAUUUAAUACAACAACGAUUUCCGGGGUUAUUACGAAACAAUCCAUUGGCCAGCAACAACAACAACGAUGAUAGCAAUGACAUGAAUGCUAAUGGAGUGAUAUCGAAACUGGAGGAUCAAGAAACUGAAAGGAUAGGACGAGUAUUAUUCAAAUUACGGUGUCAGCAGUUUAUUGAAAUUGUCCGAUCAUCUACUGAAGUGGAAGCCAUUCGAUAUGCACAACAAUAUUUACGACCAAUGCACAAAGAAUACCAGGAUAUGAUUACUGAAGUGGCUUCAUUAAUUGCUUAUGCUGAUCCUGAAAAAUCCAAUCAAGCUCAUUUACUCUCUCAAGAUCGUCGACGUCAACUUGCUGAUGAAGUUAAUUGCGUGGUAUUAGCUCAUUGCAAGAUGCCGGAACAUACUGCGAUAGAAAGAUUACAGCAACAAUACGAAUUAGUACAACAAGAAUUACAACUCUCAAAAAAGGCGAAUGACAAAACAUCAAAUCGUGACAAAUUAUCAAUGUAGUUUAGUUUCAUUUUUGUUAGUUACUUCCUUUAUUUACUUUUAUCAUGCAACCUAUAGAUUCCCCCCCCUCCCUUCUUCCUUCUUCUUCCCAUAUUUUUUUCUUGCUACUUGUAUAUAUACUUCUUUUUUUUUUUUGGUUUUAUCUGUUGUGCUCAAGAAUAAACUGUUCCUAUUUGGAUUUGAAACUU